AUUGAAAUUUGAAUGCCAUAAAAUAAUUUUGUAUGCCCCUAGUCGUUGGGUUAGGAAUGGGCCAGUACCCUCAUCAUUAUGCUGCCAAUGCGCCUGCUGCUCGUACUCUGCUGGACCUCAGUGACAACCAACCAGGCGGUCAAGCAGCCCAUUCCCCAGUUGAUGGUAGGAGAGAUGCCGGCCAGCGGACAGCCCUACCAGAUAGUGCGUAUCAUCGAGUACGUGGUGCCGCAUCCCUACAGGCCCCAAGAUGGACAGAUUGAGAACACAACGGCGGCGGACAGCCUCGAGAUCUUUGCCCCCCACCUGGAGAGCCAGUUCAACAAGAACCCCAACACAAACACAGCUAACCACGCGGAGCAGACGCUCGCCAAAACCUUCAACAUCAUAGCCAGGGCCAGCCCAAUAGUAGCCACUAAAUUCCUAAUUAAGAUGUACGCGAUGGGUUCGAACACCCCCUGCACUGGAGCCCUGAUCUCCUACCGCCUGGUCCUGACCUCUUCGCAGUGCUUUCCGCCCAAUCAGACUCCAGUGCCAAGGGAUUAUAAGGUGCAGGUCACCCAGAAUGCACUGUAUGAGGUGAGCAGCAUAAUUCUCGGCCCCUCCUCGGGUCUGGACCGGUAUAUGGCUUUGAUGGUGCUAAAAACAUUCGUCGUGGAGCCUGAAGUGCAGACAGUCGCCCUUUGUGAUGCUCCCCCCAGGCGGGCGGACACUAUCAUCAUGCACAUGUCGAAGGGGUCUCCGCACUUUCUACGCACCCAAAUCAUCUCCAAUCGGGCCUGUAAGAGCAGCUUUGCCAAGGUAGAGAACGCCUACAUCACAGAGUCCAUGUUUUGUGCCCACAACUCGAACAAGCGUAUGGACUGUCAGACGACCAAGGGGGAUCCGCUGGUGCACCGCGAGCGGUUGUGUGGCAUCAACAUCUACGGACCGAGCUGCGUGGAUGGGGCGACUAACGGGGAUCUCUAUGUGAAUGUUUUCAAGGCCAAGGCCUAUCUGCAGACCAUGAUCGCGCGCUACAAUUAAAGAGCUUUAAGGAUGGCAAAUCAGAAAUAAAUCUAUUGAGUACGUC